AUGGAGGCAAACGUCCUCGGCCACUCCACGCUGGGCCUCCUGCUGGGGCCGCUCCUGGCUGUGCUGCUGAUGGCCCUGUGUGUGCGCUGCCGCCGGCUGUCAGACUCCUACAACAGUGCCUCUUCCUCGGAUGGUUUGUAUCCCAGGAGCAUCUUGAUCAAACCACCCUAUACCCCCGCCCCCUGGCCGGCUGUUACCUCCGUUCCACCCCUGAGCCAGCCAGACCUGCUCCCCAUCCCGAGAUCUCCGCAGCCCCCUGGGGAUUCCCACCGGAUGCCGUCUUCCCGGAGGGACUCCGGUGGCGCCCAGAGUGUGGCGAGCUACGAGAACGAGGAGCUGGCCUGUGAGGACGCGGGUGAAGAUGAGGAUGAGGAGGACUCUCACAACGAGGGCUACCUGGAGGUGCUUCCUGACGACGGCCCGGCCACCAGCGGCCCCGGCCCCUCCGCCCCUGCGCCCAGAAACCCUGGUCUCCGAGACAGUGCCUUCUCCAUGGAGUCUGGUGAUGAUUAUGUGAACGUCCCUGAGAGCGAGGGCAGUGCAGACGCGUCCCUGGAUGGGAGCCGGGAGUACGUGAACGUGUCCCAAGAGCUGCCCCUGGAGGCCAGGAGCCAACCUGCCAUGCUGAGUGCCCAGGAGGCUGGGGACCAGGAGGAGGAAGACGAGGAAGCUCCAGAUUAUGAGAAUCUACAGGGCCUUAAUUGAAGAUGGGGGACCUGCCUGCGGCCACACCCCCAGAACCAGCCUUGCCGGGACCCCUGGGCUAGGCAGCUGCCUCUGGGUCCUCCAGUGGAGGGAAGGGGGCGGGGGACCUCCUUGGCACCCUGCCCGACGACAGCCUGAGAAUUUUCCCCCUAACUUAUUGUCACUUUGGGGUCCAGUUUGUGCCCCCCUCCCCCAGUUCUCUGUACCUCUGACACAGCCUGAGAACAAAGCGUUCUUCUGUAAGAGAAGAAAGGCCCGUGUGUGGUUGGCUUUGGGGAGAGGGCCGCGUGUGUCCCUGUCCUCUGUGUGUGCAUCCUGGGGCUCCCCUCUGCAGGGGCCCUCUCUCCCCCUACCCCUGGGGUCCCAGCCAGGCUCUGUGAGGGGACAGCUGGCAGAUGGAGCAGUCUGUGUGGGGCCUGGUACCCCAGCCGGUGCUUGUGGGACUCGAAAGGUCUACCCCCCCCCCCGGGGGGGGGAGGUCCCCAUGGGGCGAGGCGUCAGCCGCUGGCUGUGCUGGUGGCGGAGCAGGGCGCUACCAGCCACGCCCCGCCCUGCCCCCCUGGCCUGUUUCUCCGUCCUCUCGCCGGACCUGACCUCCAAGGGCUCUCCUACUGCUUAACCUGUUGUGGUCCUCAAUAAAACAGAAC